AUGCCUAUAGAUGGAAAUAUGGCAGAGUUAUCAGCUGUACUUCUGCGAGACUCGUGUUCCUGUCCAUAUUGCGUCCAUGAGUCAACCAAGCAAAGGCUAUUUUCGACAGCCGACAUCCCUGCCAAUGUCCACGCGCGAGAGAUCACGAUUGACACCACAUCGAAUUCGGUUUACAUCAAGUGGGAGAACGACGCCCCGGGGUACGGCUCAGACCACCAGACUACAUUGAGUAUGGGAGCCCUGCGCAAUUUAACGCAAUCGGGACGCGCGCCUGGCUUGCAUAAAGAUUCUCUCCCGGUCCCGAUCCUGUGGACCCAGGAGCCACUUAACCUACCAGAUUACGACUAUGGCACUUACAUGAAGGACGACCAUGCACUGUACCAGCUCAUCAACCAGUUGAGCACGGAGGGGCUCGCAUUCGUCACGAACGUCCCUGGCCGCGAGGAGUCCCUGGCGACUAUCGCAACGCGGAUCGGACCCGUGAAGGAUACGUUUUACGGCCAUACAUGGGACGUACGCACCGUCCCGGCCGCCAUCAACGCCGCGUAUACCUCGCACGAUCUAGGCUUCCACACAGACCUGCUAUAUUUCCAGUGUCCGCCCCACGUACAGCUCCUGCAUUGCAUCCAGUCCGCCUCGUCAGGAGGAGCCAGUGUAUUUGCCGACGGGUACAAGGCGGCAGUAGACCUGUUUCACACCGAUAUGGACGCCUUCGACGCUCUGGCCUCCAUCCCAGUGAACUACCACUAUAACCAUCCGGACUCAAAUGUCUACCACACCACAAAGCCGGUAAUCGAUCUCAAGCCCCUUUCUAUUGGCGACAAAAAAAUAAACUGGGGGCCGCCGUUUCUCGCGCCCUUUUCGAACCACGAGGAUCCGGUUGAACUGGGGCGUGGGAAUGGCGCCGUUCUUUCGACGCUGAACGAGAAGGUCGAUCGGUGGCAUUCGGCCGCUGUGAAAUUUAAUGCCUUGCUGCAGCGGCCGGAGUAUCUGUAUGAGCGCAAGAUGAAGCCAGGCGAGUGUGUGCUGUUCGACAAUACGCGGACCUUGCACUCCCGACGAGCGUUUGAUAUGGCUGAUGUGGGAAAGCCACGAUGGCUGAGGGGGACGUAUGUUGAUAAGGAUCCGUAUUUGAGUAGGCUGCGGGUGCUGCAGAAUAGGUUUGGGUAG